UUCAGAAAUGACGAAAGAAUCCAUGCCUUCUCCUAAAGAAAGUGUUUACCCUGCCCUUAUGAAUUGUGCAACACCAAUAGAUGUAAUUUUACCUCAGAUCACCUCCAAUAUGUGGGCCAGAGGACUUGGACAGCUAAUACGGGCUAAGAAUAUUAAAACUAUUGGUGAUCUGAGUACACUCACACCAUCGGAGAUCAAGACCCUUCCCAUCCGUUCUCCAAAAGUCUCGACAGUGAAAAAAGCUCUUCGAGUUUAUCAUGAACAGCAGACAAAAUCGAAAGGAUUUGAUGAGUUUGCUGUUCUUGACGAGAAUGAAAAACCUUUGAAUGGAUUAGAUGACAAACACUGUUCUUUCGAUGAAGAGAAACUUGCAUCAG